AUGAAGCAAGACGAGGUUGAUGGAGAUGAUUAUGAUGCUGACAACAUCAACUCUGAAAAAGAAAACAUAGAAAAAUUGGCAAAGAGUCCGGUGGUCGAAUUGGUUAAGACGGGAGAUCUUUUCCUCAACAAAACAGUUUUGAAAGCGAGUUCUGAGUUAUGUGCAAUGAAGCAUAACUUUCACUACACAGUUACCAACUCCAAUAAAUCAGUUUGGUGUAUUAGAUGCACUGAUAAGGUGUGCUUUUGGGGUGCUCGAGCAGAGUGUUUGAAGGGCUCCACAUAUUUUAUUAUUAAGAAGUAUGUCGGUGUACAUUCCUUCGCACCUUCAAGCAAAACCAGUGCUGGAAAGACAGCUUCAGCGAAAACUAUAGGCGGUCUGAUCAUGCAUAAAUAUGAAGGUAUCAAGGAAGGGCCUAAAGCGAAAGAUAUUGUUCAGAUUAUGCGUAAUGAUUAUGGGUGUGAGAUCUCUGAUUCUUUAGCAUGGGAUUCCCGUGAAUAUGCAGUCAACGCUGUUAGAGGUAUUCCAGAGGAAAGUUAUGGGAAAAUACCAAAAUACUUGUACAUGCUGCGAGAGGCCAAUCCGGGUACACAUUCCCCUUAUGAGACUGACGUCAAUGGUAGAUUUCGAUAUCUGUUUAUAGCGUUUGGUCAAUCGAUCAGAGGCUUUAGCAAAGUCAUGAGGCGUGUAAUUGUUGUCGAUGGAACAUUCUUGAAGAGUAAAUUCAAAGGGGUGCUACUGGUUGCAACUGCUAUAGAUGGAAAUUCAAAUUUAUAUCCUAUUGCAUUUGGGAUAGUAGACUCUGAGAAUGAACAGUCUUGGGAAUGGUUUAUGAGACAGUUAAAAGUUGUUGUUGCUAAUGAUAAUGGUUUGUCUUUUAUUUCGGAUAGACAAGUGUCAAUAGCGAUGGCACUGGAGAAAGUGUAUCCGCUAGCGAGACAUGGUAUUUGUAUUCAUAAUUUGUUGAAUAAUGUGAUAUCAUAUUUCAAGGGGAAGGGAUUAGCUAGGUUGAUUUCUAAGGUUUCGAAGGCUUAUAGAGUGGUUGAUUUCAAGAAGACGUUUGCUCAUGUUUGCAAUAUCAGUCCAGCAAUUGUAAAUUAUCUUAUGGAAGCGGAUGUCAAAAAGUGGGCUAGAUGUCAAUUUCAUGGAUACAUGUAUGACAUUAGGACAAACAAUCCUGCAGAGUCGAUAAAUUCUGCGUUGCGUUCGCCGAGAGAGUUUCCCGUAAUUCCUUUGGUGGACAGUAUUAGAGAAAUGCUGACACACUGGUUUUUUAAGCGUAAGAAGUUGAUUUCAAAGCACACCCAUCGUUUGACCAUAGAUGUGGAGGAAAAGAUCGAUAGGAGAAUCGAAAAGGGGAAAACUUUCAGAGUUUACCCUGUAACCGAUAGCCAGCUGCUUGUUAAAGGCGAUACAAUUGACUGCUUUGUUGAUUUGGACAAACGGACUUGUUCUUGUGGGAAGUACGACCUCUAG